UAAGCUUUGACCCGAUUUAUGUGAAUUGAUACUGUGUAUGAGAAGAGGCGCGGGGAACCAAAAAUACCAAUGUAAACAGUCACUCGUUUUACAGCAGUGGAAAUUUCAAAUGUCAUGUACUACCCCAUGAAGUUGAACUUUUAAUUUGUUGUGAUGUCAGCUACAAGAAAAAUGAUGGCACAGAAUGUACCAACCAACAGAAUUAUAACUGACUUUCCUGCGCCAUAUGAUGCUGAUGCCUCACCCUACAAGAAGUUGAACUUUCAUCCAAAAGUUAAGACAGCCUGCUCUGAAAAUAAGACUGGAUGUGUAGGACUGAAGAUUUGCAAAGCAGUGUUAGUUGGUGAUGUUGCAGUAGGAAAAACUUCUCUAGUCAAUCGAUUUUGCCACGAUGUUUUUGAUAGGGACUACAAGGCAACCAUUGGUGUGGACUUUGAAAUUGAGAAGUUUAGCAUUCUGAAUACUCCAUUUACACUGCAGAUAUGGGAUACAGCAGGCCAAGAGAGGUUUAAAAGCAUUGCCUCCUCAUACUACAGAGGGGCCCAUGUGGUGAUAGUGGUGUUUGACCUGUCGGAGGAGGGCACUAUCAGCAGUAUAUCCCGCUGGAUGGAGGAUGCCACAGCUACCUCCACAAACCCUCUCAAGUUUGUUGUGGGCACAAAGAAAGAUCUUGUUUCACAGGCAGCCUGUAGAGCUGCAGAGGACAGGGCCAAGGAAGUCGCUCAAAGCCUGGGGGCAGAAUAUUGGUCCCUGUCUGCAAAAACUGGUGAGAACGUGAAGUCAUUUUCAUUCCGCUGCGUCUCACUGACAUUUGACGCUGCCGUACUCAGAGAACUGGAAUCAUCCGGACAGGCUUCACAGAAACAGAUUGGUGCUAUCAAGAUUGAGAAGUCUGACAAUUUGUAUGACAGAAAAAGGAAAAUGAAAUUGGAUUGCUGCAAGACGUAACAUGUAAAGCAGUAACAAUGCUCAAGUUGACUUGCGGAUAUUAUCUCUUAUUUUUUGCCAGCAGACUAUCUCCUGGUUAUAGUCCCAAGAAUACAGAUUUGAAUGUACUUGGUGCUUGUAGUACUUUCUUUGAACACUUUUUUAUAUACAUUAUAAUGAAAGAGUGAUAACGAAGUGAUCAGUAAUACUUCUUUGAUUGUAUGAAAUUGUUUACUUAUGUAAAGUUCAUCUUUAUUAAAUGAAAUCACCCACUGAAUAAAUGAUAAUACAUUGAAAAAACAGUAUAAAUUUGGAUGAAUUGAUUAGAAAUGACAGAUUCGUUGAUCAUACAAGAAGAUCUAUGUAUAAAUAAUUAUUGUAUUUUUAUUUUAAGUGCCAAUAAUAAUAAUAUUAGAAGUAUCAUUUUACUAGAAAUUCCUUAACACUAUCAGUUCUAAGGAGAGUUUUAGACUUUAUGGUCAUUAGUUGUUAUGCUGUGUGGUUUUCACUCAUUUUAAAGUAACUCUCUUUAGGAAGGGGCCAGUUUCUAGGGGAAGGGGCCUAUAUUUGGCCCUUGCUUAAAAACAAAAGCCCUACUGUAUAAUGCUAGACAACCAAUAAUAGCCAUUCCAGAGCGGUUGGGUUUUGUUCACAUUUCAUUCGUUAUCGUAAAUAUAUAGAUUGUAGAUUUACUGAAAUGUAUUAAGAAAAGAGCUGUAAACAUUUACAAAUGGCUUUGGCUAUUUCAAUUUAUGAAACUUCAUGAUUUAGUUGAGAAAUUUGAUUCUGUUAACAUAGGCGGUCUAAUGUAUUGACAAGGCUUUGCUUUUUGUGUAAAGGUUGUGAAGAGUUAUUUUUGUAAUAAAUGAUUACAAUUGUUGGAGUCAAUGGAAAUGGUUGUGCCUUUUACAUGAGCUUUUACAUGAUUUUAUGUAAUUAUAUUGUAUACAAGUGUGUAUGAACAGCCGGUGUAGCUAUUGUUACAUAUAGAUGCUUUUUGCAUAACAAAGUAGACAAUGCUUGAAAAAAACAAGUUAUUUAGUUUUUUUGUUGAUACUGAAAACCAAGUAAUGCAAUAGGCAAGUACAUUAAACAAAUUGCUUUGAGCUGCAUUUUGGAUUUCAAAAUUUUUGUCAAAUUGAAAUUAGAAGUUCUGAAUAGUUUGUUUUGUUUUUUGCAAGAUAUCCAGCAGAUCAAUAAGUCUGACUUGGACUUAACUGAGUUUGAAAUAACAAUUUUGAAAUUUGCUAACAAGUGCUUUGCAUGAAUGCAUUCACUAACACAAUCUUGUUGAUUUAUGUAACCAACAUGGGCAUUGUAUUACUGUGAAGAAAAUUGGGAAUAAGGUAGAUGGUGUCUUAUUAUAUACAGGUUAAGGAUUUGUUAUUUCUUAAACAAUAAAGAGCCUAUGUUCAGCUUUUGAAAGGAUAUUAUUUGUUUGAAAAUCUACAUGUUGCUUUUGUAAUAACAACAGGUUUGGUUUUAUAUAUGUUCGAUCUGGUUUUAUUAAUGUUCAAUCUUCAAUGUUUCCAGAGAAUAUUUUGUAAAAAAAUGUAUAUGGGCCGCGCUCUGUGAAAAUGAAUGUGGGUUAAUAUAAGUGUCUGCACAGGCUAAUCAGAGAUGACAAUAUCAGCCUUAACUUGACUUGAUUGAAGAGACUUUCUUUAAGCGGAAAAUAUCAUAAAAGUGGAAAGUCUCGUCCCUGAUUAGCCUGUGCAGACUGCAGACGCUAUUCCUGGGACCAAACUUUAUGCACAUGCAUUAAACCCUUUUUUCACAGAGCAUGGCCCAUAUCAUAAUGUCCUCAGUAAACAUGGUAUAAUGUUUAUGUUGUUUUUUCUUUAAAUUAGAACAAAUGUAUCACAUUUUUAUUAUAAGAUAACUGUUAAUAGUUUAUUGUUCACACCAUAUGUUGUGUACACUUUGAUAGAUUUUUAUCUAGUCCAGAAAUGGCAUUUAUUUCGUAGGCAGACAUGCCAUUAAAAAUAUCACUCAAGGAAACCUUUGUGUUUUGUGAACAGGCAAAACCUGUUACAAUCAUAUGGAUUAUUGUACACAAUUAAAUGGAAAUACAUCUACAUGUAUUUAUUAUGUCACCUUUUAUGUCCAUUUUAUUUUCUAUAUGUUUUAGCAUUGAUUGUACUAAAUCAAUUCUGAAUUAUACAUACUAGUAGCAUUUAUCAAUAUGUUUAUGGCAAAAUAUUGUUUAAAUAAAUUAAUUAAUUCCAUGUGACCAAUUAACUGUACAUGUAUGGCAAUAAAUACAAUGAUAUUUUCGCAAACUUUGAGGAGCCUUUUAGAGAAAGCUGACAAAAAAUACAAUAUCUGUUAAAGAUUUAGGCACCGUCUAACAAGAAAUUCGCAAAAGUGGGCAGGCAACAAAAAUGCGUGUCAGACAAAUUGACCAGAUAACUGAAAAAACAUGAUCUAUAAAACAAUACGCCUGACAAGCCCUCAGAUUUUAUUUGAAAAAUUGCAAGCUGUUGGGAAGUUGUGAAACUAAAGCAUGUUUGUUUGACAGUAUUCCUAAGUUUUAAGUCCUCAUAAAACAAAUUACCUUAAAAAAAAAAUCUUUACAAAAUCACAAUUAAAACAAAGACUUUUUAGUCCAUUCAAAAAGAAUGAUAACAUUCUUUUUCUGUAAAAUACAGGUGUUGCAAGAGACUCAAGGUGUCCCAAACUUUGUAAACCAUGUUUGUUAGGUAAGAUGAAUGUUAAAAGUAAAUUGAAAGACUUUGUAAGACUAUAUUUAGGCUCAAUGAAUGUUCCUUUGAAUUGUUUAUGUGUUGUUUAUUUUUAGUGUAUUUUUUAGCUCACCUGAGCACAACGUGCUCAUGAAGAGCUUUUGAAAUCACUUUUUGUCUGUCGUCCGUUGUGUGGCGUCAACAUUUGCCUUGUUAACUCUCUAGAGUCCACAUUUAUUGUCCAAUCUUCAUGAAAUUUGGUCAGAAGAUUGGUUUCAAUGAUAUCUUGGAUGAGUUCGAAAAUGGUUACGUUUGCUUGAAAAACAUGGCUGCCAAGGGGCAGGGCAUUUUUCCUUAUAAGGCUAUAGUAAAAUCUUGUUAACAAUCUAGAGGCCACAGUUAUUGUCUGAUCUUCAUAAAACUUGGUCAGAAGAUUAAUCCCAAUAAUAUCUUGGAUAAGUUCGAAAAUGAUGCCGGUUGGUUGAAAAACAUUGCCGCCAGAGGGCGGGGCAUUUUUCCUUAUAUGGCUAUUGUAAAACCUUGUUAACACUCUAUAGAGGCCACAUUUAUUUUCCGAUCUUCAUGAAACUUGCUCAGAAGAUUUGUCCCACUGAUAUCUUGGAUGAGUUCAUAAAUGGUAACCUUUGCUUGAAAAACAUGGCUGCCAAGGGGCGGGCAUUUUUCCUUAUAUGGCUAUAGUAAAAUCUUGUUAACACUCUAGAAGCCACAGUUAUUGUCUGAUCUUCAUAAAACUUGGUCAAAAGAUUCAUCCCAAUAAUAUCUUGGAUGAGUUCGAAAAUGAUGCCGGUUGGUUGAAAAACAUGGCCGCCAGGGGGCGGGGCAUUUUUCCUUAUAUGGCUAUAGUAAAACCUUGUUAACACUCUAGAGGUCACAUUUAUUUUCCAAUCAUCAUGAAACUUGGUCAGAAGAUUUGUCCCAAUGAUAUCUUGGAUGAGUUCGAAAAUGGUUUUGGUUGCUUUAAAAACAUGGCCACCAGGGGCGGGGCAUUUUUCCUUAUAUGGCUAUAUAUGGCUAUAGUAAAACCUUGUUAACACUCUAGAGGCCACAUUUAUUGUCCAAUCUUUAUGAAACUUGGUCAGAAGAUUGGUCUUAAUGAUUUCUUGGAUGAGUUUGAAAAUAAUUAUGUUUGCUUGAAAAAUAUUGCUUCCAAGGGACGGGGCAUUUUUCCUUAUAUGGCUAUAGUAAAAUCUUGUUAACACUCUAGAGGCCACAUUUACUGUCCGAUCUUCAUGAAACUUAGUCAGAAGAUUCAUUCCGAUAAUAUCUUGGAAGAGAAAAAAAAAAUGAUGCCGGUUGGUUGAAAAACAUGGCUGCCAGGGGGCGGGGCAUUUUUCCUUAUAUGGCUAUAGUAAAACCUUGUUAACACUCUAGAGGCCACAUUAAUUUUCCAAUCAUCAUGAAACUUGGUCAGAAGAUUUGUCCCAAUAAUAUCUUGUUAUCUCAGGUGAGCGACUUUGGGCCUUUCAGGCCCUCUUGUUUAGAUAAUUAUUAACUAAGUUUAACUAUCAUCUUUAUAAAUUUAAUUUUGUAAAGCAAAUCACUGACAAAUAUUGGUCUAGGUAAUAUCACUGUGUUGAUUCCUUGUUGUUAUUUGUUUUAUGAUGAAAUAUGGCUCAUGUGAUUUAUUAUCCCUUUGAUUAACAGUUAUGGGCCUUAUUUUGGUUUACAAAAUAUGAUUGGUUGUUAACUUACAUUACACUGUAUUUUGUAAUUUCAAUGUACUAUUUUUUGCAGUUCUGUCGCUUAUUUCUUUAAAAAUCACUUCAACCCAUAGAUUUUUUUUCUGAGAUUAUAUAUCAUGAAAGUGUUUAUAAAAAUUUGUGUUCCAUCAAGAGUGAAAGUGAAAUAAAUUCUACAAUAAUUAAUUUACCCGAGGUUUAUUUUAUCCAUAAAGAAUGGAUUUGCCUUAUACUUGAUUAUUCUCAAAUAAACCCGUCCAUCAUUUGCAUUUUUUAUUGUGCUGUAUGACUGUAUACAAGUAAUAAAAUAUUACACAAAA